AUGGAACUGCAAGAGGAGGAUGUAGAACGCAUCGAUAUCGAUCCGGACGGCGACCUGCUUCUGAUUCUCAAAGCACCACGCGGCCAUGGAAUUAAUUCCACCGAGGCGGAAGACAGCGAUACGAGUACCAGCCAGAACAAUGACGACACAAUCUUAGAGAGAAACGUUGAGAUUCUUGUCAGUUCCUCCGCUUUGAUCACCGCAUCAACCGUCUUCAAAUCCAUGCUCCGAGGCCCUUUCAAGGAAGGCAGCGACCUAGCAGAAGCACGUGGACAUGUGUAUCGCCUGGCACUACCAGAGGACAACGCCAUUGCCACUUUGCUUUUCUGCGAAAUGGUACAUUUCAAAGCAAACAUUCCAACACCCAAUUUGGAACUCAUGGAGCAACUUGCUGCUUUUCACGAGAAAUACCAAUCCACUCACAUUCUUCGCUUCUUUGGAAGCAUGUGGAUUAACGAACAUAGACGGGCUCAACAACUGGAGUCUUCAGAAAGGCAAAAAUGUCAACAAGUGUGUCGCAUGCUUGUCUUUGCAUAUGUGGCGGACAUGGCGCAGGAAUUCAACGAGCUAGCCUGGCAACUUCUUCUUUGCAACGCUGGCCCAAUCGACUCGCAAACCAGUCUUGCUCAGUUCUUGGUCAACCAUCCUCUGAUGCCCAACAGGAUCAUUAAUGCACUUGACGAGAGGCGUUUGUUCAUGGCGGAAGGAUAUUUCAACGCACUGUAUGCCCCCUUCAACAGGCAAAAGUGGCCUCAUGCUGGUACCGGAUGUAAUAGCGAAGUAGCGCCUCCUGAAUUCCUGCUCCUGCGACAUAUCGAGAGCUGCAUGUCCCUGCAGAAAAAUUCGUGGUAUGGAUGCCUUGACUGCCUGAAUGGAGACAAUGGCGCAAACGGAUGUCGCGUCAAACAUGACAAAAUCGCUAUGAAAAAGUAA